AUGACAAACCACAUAAAUCACACAUUCCACAUAGUAAACCAAAGACCAUGACCUCUUAUUGGAGCAAUGGGAGCCAUAAUCACAUUAACUGGAACAAUUAAAUGAUUCCACCAAUAUGAACAAACACUAAUAAGAAUUGGAAUAAUCACAAUAAUCAUAACAACCAUCCAAUGAUGACGAGAUAUUACACGAGAGGGCACAUACCAAGGAUUACAUACAAGAAAAGUAACUAAAGGGUUACGAUGAGGUAUAAUCCUAUUCAUUACAUCAGAAGUAUUCUUCUUCGUCUCCUUCUUUUGAGCAUUUUUCCACAGAAGAUUAUCACCAACAAACGAACUCGGAUCAAUGUGACCACCAACUGGAAUUCAAGUAUUUAAUCCCCUACAAAUUCCACUUCUAAAUACCGCAAUCCUCCUAUCAUCAGGGGUAACUAUCACUUGAGCACAUCAUAGAAUCUUAGAAAACAAUUAUAACCAGGGGUUACAAGGACUAUUUAUAACUGUAAUCCUAGGAUUAUAUUUCACAGCACUACAAGCAUACGAAUAUAUAGAAUCACCAUUCACUAUUGCCGACUCGGUUUAUGGAGCCACGUUCUUUGUAGCAACAGGAUUCCAUGGUCUCCAUGUAAUCAUUGGAACAACCUUCCUAAUCACAUGUUUAAUACGACACCUAACACUUCAUUUCUCAUCAAACCACCAUAUAGGAUUUGAAGCAGCCGCAUGAUAUUGACAUUUUGUAGAUGUAGUAUGACUAUUCUUAUAUAUCUCAAUUUACUGAUGAGGAAGAUAA